AUGGCCGAGGCACUGUUGAAAGCUCAGAAGUACAUGAACGCGGAAGAAGCCCUGGAAGCUAUUGACGGAGCAGAUAAGAGUAGGGAAAAGAAGAAAGAAAAGGAGGACGAUCGAAGAGGGCUAAAACGGGAUCGGGCCGACAGACGGAAUGACGAUGGAAAUCGAAGGAGAGAGGACAAAAACCCUCGUCCAUCAAAGUUCACCCCGCUGGUGAUGCCAGUAGAUCAAAUUCUAACAGAAAUAAGGGAUGAACCAUCCCUAAAGUCGCCAAAACCACUCCAUUCAGCACCUGGAUUGCGCGACAAGAGGAAAUACUGCCGUUUCCAUAAAGAUCAUGGGCAUUACACGGAGGACUGCAGGGACCUAAAAGAACAGAUUGAGGAGCUCAUCCGUAAUGGGAACCUACAACAGUAUGUAAAAAGGGGGGAUUUCGAAAGGUACGAACAGAAAAGCCAGCCAGUUAAUACACGAAGAGACGAAGAUCGCCCCCAACCUCGUCCACAAAACGCACUAGGGGAAAUAAAGACCAUCGCCGGGGGACCAACUACCGGAGGAUCAUUCAAGUCUCUCAGGAAAUCAUACCAAAGACAAGUAAACAGCGUCCACAGCAUACCACCAUCAAAGCAAAGAUGCACCAGUGAGGACUUGCAUUUUUCUGAGGAAGAUGCCAGAAGUGUGAAGCAGCCCCAUGAUGACCCGCUCGUCAUUAUGAUCAUGAUCGAGGGGUUCAACACGCGAAGAGUAGGGAUGCUGGACCCAAAAAGGCUCCGUCCUUUUGAGUCUCCCCUCGUCAGUUUCAGCGGAGACAAAGUAUACCCCAGAGGAAUCGUGACGUUAACAGUAACGGCCGGGUCAUACCCCCUUCAGGUAACCAACCAGCACAAUUUCCUGAUAGUAGACUCACCCUCGUCCUACAAUGUGAUCAUUGGGAGACCAAUGCUUAAUCGCUGGAAGGCUGCUAUCUCCACCUACUGCUUAAAGGUGAAGUUCCCAAUAGAACAUGGUAUCGGGGAGAUUAAGGGAGAUCAAGUACUGGCAAGAGAAUGCUACCAUGCCGUCCUGGUCUCAAAAGAAAACCAUACGUGGACAAUUGAGGAGAAGACGCCAGAGAUUAUGGAGAUACUUGAAACGGUAGAUCUGGCUGAAGGGAAUCCUCCAAAGACGACCCAAAUAGGGACGAGCAUGAGUCAAAAGACGAAAGGCGAAAUCGUCAGCUUUCUGAAGAGCAACCUUGAUAUAUUCGCCUGGAGCCACGAGGAUAUGUCAGGGAUCCCAACAAGCCUCAUCCAGCAUCACCUAAAUGUUGAUCCGGGGAAGAAACCUGUCCAGCGGAAAAGGAGAGUCUUUGCUCCCGAGUGA